CGGCCAGCGAACUAGUCGACGCAGCAUGGGCGAUGUCGUACGCAUCCUUGGUGGUCGACCGGACCCGCUCGAGCGCGGGCCGCCCAAGCGCGUCUCGCACUCGGUCGAGAACAUUGGCGAGCACGUCGCAGCGUCCAAGAAGCGAGCGUCGUGGAAGUUCACGCUCGGCGAAGCCGAUACGAUCCACGAAGUGACCUUGUUCCACUCGAUCAUGUCCAUGAAGAAGGUUGUCCACUUUGAUGGCCGCGAACAAUACAUGAGCAACACGAUGGCGCCUGGUGACUGGAGCGUCGUGCUUCUCCUCGAGAGCUCGAGCUCGGCCAUGGAGGUGCGCAUCAACGACAUUGAGGCCGGCGAUAUUCCCAAAUACGAUUUCCUCAUUGAUCGCGUGCCGUACCGGCGCAUGGACGUGUAUCGCCGAUCCAAAGCCAAGCCGGCGGCGCAUGUGUUUGGCGCGUCGACCGGGUACAGCAACACGCCCGAACCUCAUCAUGCGCCGCAGCACGACGCGGGCCUGCAACAUGGUCACUGGGGUCCGUCGGGAAUGACGCAAGAGACGAACCGACCGCCGUCGCCGCAAGAGUUGAAGCCCAAGCCCGUUGCGCCCAAGCAGGAAGUGAAUCUCCUUGAUACGUCGGCACCAGACGUGUCCGUCUCGGCCCAUGCAAUCGUGUUUGACCCCUUUGUGACGGGAGCGCCGCCGGCCAAGCCCGUGGCGCAAGCAACAGCGAGCGCCGACCUCAUGGGUCUCUUCUCCCAGCCAACACCUUCGCAGCAGCCGCAACCGAUCGGUGGAAGCAACUUUGGCCAGCCAGCCUUUGGUCAACCACUUCAGCCAGCCUUCGGCCAGCCUCCUCAGCCGGGCUUUGGCCAACCACUGCAGCCAGCCUAUGGCCAGGCUCUUCAGCCGGGCUUUGGCCAACCACCGAUGAGCAACUAUACGACGGCGCCCAUAAAUCGAGCACCUCCCAUGCAGCAAGGAUACCAAGGGUUUCCACCUACGCCAACCCCGACGCCUGGUUAUGGGUACCCUAAUGCGUACCCUCCGGCAGCACCCCAGCAGGCGUCGGGCUUUGCGUUUAUGCAAACGCCGCCACCGCCGGCCGCCUACGCGAAUGCGCCGCGACCUGCCAACUACCGGACGCCGCCGGCAAACUUGAGCAUCUCGAAUCUCAUGGACCCGCAUCACGUCAACAGCGCUGCGCCGCGCGGCCCCCCGAACGGCCAAAACAUCAACAUCAAUGCGUUUGCAGGCAUGCAUUAA